CAACUUUCGACACAGCAACUGGUGGGCAAUAGUCUUCAGUUCACUUUAUUUUCACACUUGCCGGCAAGCACAUUGAAAGUUGAACAACACAAAAGACACGCCUAUCAAAUCAAAAACACAUUUUUAAUAACAUUUUUCAAUUAAACCGUAAACGAAGGUGAAAAUUGAUAAGAUUUGAAGAACAACGCACUUUGACAAAUUACAUUUAAACGCGGGAAUAAAUUCCACACAAUGCUUCACAAAUGUCAUCCACAACAGCGAAAGGAAGUGCGUGUUACCAGAUAAGGGAAAUCAAUUGCUAUGCUGUUGUGGCUAUUUAUAGACAUUAUUUGUAGGCUAUUCAGUCUGGCAGCGCCACAUAUGCAUUUUCAACUGGAUUUCUGCUCCAAUCAGAUUGUUGUGUUGCUGCCGGCAAUUGUAUUUUUUGUUGUACGUCAUCCCCAUCAAUGUGCGAGGAUACAGUGUCUAUAAUUGUCACUGUCCUCAAUGGCGAAAAGUGGGUUGACAAUUGUUUUCGGUCGAUACUCCGACAAUGCACAGCUGUGCAAUCGGUGCAUAUGCAACAGCAGCAACAACAAUCAAAACAAAUGCACAAGUGGGUGGACGGCAAUGAGUUGUUGUUGUUACCUGUGACGUCAGCCGGCGACGAAACAGAGGAAGUGGAAUGCAAGCGAAAGUUUCAAAUUGAGGUUUGUGUCUUUGAUGACUGCAGUACGGAUGGCACACAAGCAAUGUUGAGAGUUUGGCAACGCAAAUGUCGUAGACAACGGAUACGGAUGUUUAUAGUGCGAAAUGAAAGUGGAAAACCGAAAGGAGUGGGUUAUGGUCGUAAUCGUGCUAUAGAAGUGGCGCACGGUGCUUACUUGUGUUUUCAAGAUAUUGACGAUGAAAUGCUGCCAACGCGCAUACAACAGCAAUAUUUGUUGGCGCGCGCUAAUAAAGAUGCCCUCAUUGGUUGCAAGUUCGUGCGCACACCACCGAAUUCCACCUGCCGCUUCACACGUUGGGCAAAUGAACUGGAUGCUACAAAAUUGACGCUACAGAUAUACACGGCGAAUGGUCCAACAGUGAUUAUGCCCACUUGGCUGUGCCAUCGCCAAGUCUACCAACACAUACCGGGUGGUUUUAGCGAACACGGUUAUGGCACACCCGAAGAUCUCAUCUUCUUCUAUGCGCAUCUCGAUCGCGGUGGACGUGUGUUGCGCGUAGAUGAAUGCUUGCUACUCUAUCGUUAUCAUGCGGCGGCGACUACAUUCUCUAUUGUGGCCGAAACGAUUUGGCAAUUGCGUAUGCAACAUUUGCUUACGCAUGUUUUGUGUUGUGAACCCUGGCGCAGUGGUUUCACCAUAUGGAAUGCGGGUAAAAGGGGACGUAAGUUUUUUCGCGAUUUACCACAAGCGUACAAAUGCAAAGUGCGUGCCUUCUGUGACGUGGAUGAAAAGAAAAUAAACAAAUCUUACAAUCAUUACGAUGAAAAGGCGCAUCGUUUCACGUAUUUGGUGCCCAUUGUGCAUUUUACGCGUGCGCGUCCACCACUGCUUAUUUGCAUGAAAUUAGAUCUCACCAAUGGUGCUUUUGAGGCGAAUUUAAAUAGUUUAAAUUUGUGCGAAGGACAUGAUUACGUGCUAUUUACGUAAAUCGUUGUGGUGUGUGCAAACACAAAGUGCAUUAUUUUUGAUGUUGAAAC